AUGUCAACAACAUCGCCUACACCGUCGUUAUCGUCGUCGUCGUCGUCGUCGUCAUCAUCGUCAUCAUCAACACCAUCGUCAUCUCCCAGCUCCAGCAACACGGCAACAGCCUCCCUUAUUCCUUCUCCCAAUCGAUCAGCAGGAGCAACAGCAGCAACAGCACCAGCACCAGUAUCAUCAUCAGCCAGCGGAUCGAUCGGUUCGCCAUCGGUUCCGGCUCUUGCGGCGGCACUUUUGCUUACGUCAACAACAUCCUCGGCGUCAUCGGCAUCAUCACCCUCACCGACCUUGGUACAAUCGUCAACGGUGGCCACGGGUUCGUCGUCACUGUUGAUCAAUCAUCUCACGAGCAGCAACAUCACCAACAACGGCAAACAGUUUCCGCCGUCCUCGUCGUCCUUCCCGAAACCGUCACCGAUCCUGGCGGAGCCGGACGGUGCCGAGGAGUGCGGAAAACGGCCGGAACCGUCGCUAGUCGUCGUGACGGCAGCAACUGCAACAUCCCAACAACUGCGACGUGCGAAACCCACUGGUGGUGGUGGCGUUGGCACCAAAAUGGCCCCGGCGGCUUCCUCACCGAUCGUGAACGUUGUGGUGAAUGAUAUCGCGACAGGACUCGCGAAUGCGGUGGCCGCUGCUGUCGCGGAUGCUGUCACUGUGGCCACGAUCGGGCGGAAUCUGAACAUGGCCGGCUCGGGUGGUAACAACCGUCACCAGCAUCUGCUCCGUAGCAGCACCAGCAGCAACAUUGGAGGUGCCAAUUCCUACUCUCAGCUGCGUCAACAGCUGGAAAUGGGUUCGUCCGCUGCUGCGGUACUGGUUGCUGCCGGAGGAUGUCCUACCAAAUCCGCCGUAUCAUCGCAACAACACAGCCAUCUGAAGCAGUUUCUCAGCGCAUCCCCGUCGGUCGGAACCGGGGUGGUUGGUACGGGUGCCGGUAACCCGCACCACCAUGCUGGCGGAGGAACAGUGCAGCAACAGCAGCAGCAGCAACACCAUCAUCAUCAUCAUCACCACCACCAUCACGUACAUUCGCAGCUGAAGCGCCAGAUCGUGGCCGGUUCGACGGGUUCCGGCGGUGUUCCUGUGGCAGGAAACAACGGAAAUCACGGGACGACGACGAUCAGCGAGCAUGCCGGCGGGGCCAAUCGAAAUGGCCGCAAUGGUGGCCGUCCUGCGAACACGAUCGAUGCCAACUCGACUAACCAUCACCACCGUUGGUAG